GAGUGAGAAAAAAGGAAAAAAAGUUCAAUCCUUAAAAAAUUAAUGAAAAAAAAAUAUUUUUUUUUGAAAUAAGUAAAGUGAAUUGAUAAUAAAUUGCCGUGCAUCGAACAUACUUAAUUCAUCAUCAUGAGAUUUAUCAAUUACUAAUAAGCACUUUUCCGAUAACAGAGGCAAAGAAAAAAAGCUAAAUUCUGGAAGAAUUUUUCAAAGAAAUUUUCCUUAAACUAAUCAUUCAUCAUUCAGCACGAAAAGUCUAUCAACGAAUCAUCAUGCAAGCCAAAAAGCGAUAUAUACUCGUUGUACUGUCGUGUGCAUUUCUAGCUUAUUGUUAUUUUGGCGGAUAUAGGAUAAAAAAGUUAUUUAAUCUCGCUGGAUCUUCACCAGAAAAUUUGCCAUCAUAUGUUUUAAGUCAAAAUCGAAUAAAUUAUCAUAGCAGUAAAUAUAAUGUGAAUGGAAAUAAUCACAACUUUAUCUUAUAUAAGUAUGGAAAUAGUAAGGAUAACAAUAGGAUUAAGCACUACAAAGAUAUUGAUGAUCUCUAUGAAAUUCCGGAAUAUAAUCGUUUAAAGGCAUCAGAUCAUCACUAUCAUUCUCAUCAGAAAUCAAAUGUUAAUUUUAAUGAGUGUACUAUGGAAACAUGUUUUGACUUUACUAAAUGCUAUGACGACUUUUUAGUGUAUGUUUAUCCAUCAGAGCCAGUAAAUUCUUUAGGAACGACACCUCCAGUGAGUGCUAAUUAUCAGAAAAUUCUAACAGCUAUUGUAGAGUCACGCUAUUAUACGACAGAUCCAGAGAAAGCUUGUUUAUUUGUUUUAGCCAUAGAUACACUCGAUCGUGAUUCAUUGAGUGAAGACUUAGUGAGAAAUGUGCCACAACGUUUGCAAAGACUACCAUAUUGGAAUAAUGGAAAGAAUCAUAUUAUAUUUAAUCUCUAUUCAGGAACAUGGCCAUCAUAUAUCGAACUGGGACUCGGUUUUGACCCAGGACAAGCAAUUUUAGCUAAAGCCAGUAUGAGUACUCAAACAAUGCGACAUGGAUUUGAUGUUAGCAUACCGCUCUUUCAUAAGCAUUUUCCACUUAGAAGUGGACACACAGGAAUGAUAACGGCAAAUAACUUUCCUGUAAAUAAAAAAUAUUUACUCGCGUUCAAAGGAAAACGCUAUGUGCACGGAAUUGGCUCAGAGACGAGAAAUUCUUUGUUCCACUUGCACAAUGGUAAAGAUAUAGUGAUGGUAACAACGUGUAGGCAUGGCAAGAGUUGGAGAGAGCUACAAGAUGGUCGUUGUGAUGAAGAUAAUAGAGAAUACGACCGAUAUGAUUAUGAGACUAUUUUACAGAACUCUACAUUCUGUUUAGUGCCGAGAGGACGACGUUUAGGAUCAUUUAGAUUUCUCGAAGCACUUCAAGCUGGCUGCAUACCCGUUCUUUUAUCAAACUCAUGGGUAUUGCCAUUCUCGCCUCAUAUCGAUUGGAAGCAAGCUGCGAUAUGGGGUGAUGAGAGAUUGCUGCUACAAGUCGUUGAUAUUGUACGCUCAAUUAGUCCAUCAAAGAUUAUGGCGAUGCGCCAGCAAACACAAAUUUUAUGGGAACGAUAUUUUAGUUCAAUCGAAAAAAUUGUAUUCACAACAUUAGAAAUAAUACGCGAACGCCUUCCCGAUUAUCCUGUGAGAAAAGGCUUAAUAUGGAAUACAUCACCGGGUUCAUUAUUAACGUUACCAACAUUCUCUGAUAACUUAAGAGAUUUUCCAUUCUAUUUGGAUGUAUUGGGCUAUGAGCCACGCUCAAAUUACACAGCUGUCGUAUUUGUUCAAGUUGGACAAGCUAUUAAUCCAUCAUCGGCACUUUAUAAACUAGUCAAAAGUAUAACAAAAAGUCAAUUUGUAAAUAGAAUAUUAAUUUUAUGGGCAGCAGAUCAAAAAGUGCCAUCACGAAAGAGAUUUCCAUCGACUGGACAUAUACCGUUGCAUAUAGUAACGUCACUUAACUCGCCGCAACAGCAAAUGCAAACACAUUCAUCAAUCGGUGCAACAGAUGAGUCCCGUCCAAGCAUAUCACAGAGAUUUCAACCUCAUCCAUUAAUUGAGACAGAUGCAAUUUUGUCACUCGACGAGGAUGCUAUAUUAAAUACAGAAGAAAUCGAUUUCGCAUAUAACGUAUGGAAAUCAUUUCCCGAGCGUAUUGUUGGCUUUCCAGCUCGAGCUCAUUUUUAUGAUGAUUCCAAGAACUCAUGGGGCUACACGUCAAAAUGGACAAAUUACUACUCGAUCGUCUUAACCGGAGCAGCUUUUUAUCAUCGCUAUUAUAAUUAUUUAUAUACAAACUUUUUGUCGCAUCUCCUUUUGAAGACUGUUCAGCAAUCAUCCAAUUGUGAAGAUAUUCUCAUGAAUAUGAUGGUUUCGCAUGUUACUCGUAAGCCACCAAUUAAAGUAACGCAGAGGAAAGCAUAUAAAGAUCGAGACAGUGUGCGAAGUCCAUGGAAUGAUCCAGAUCAUUUUAUACAACGCCAAAGCUGUCUGAAUACAUUUGUUGCAGUUUUUGGUUACAUGCCACUACUGAAAUCCAAUAUGCGACUAGAUCCAGUGCUCUAUAAAGAUGCAGUUUCAAAUUUGCGCAAAAAAUAUAGACAAAUUGAAUUAGUAGGUAAAAGAUAGCACUUUCUCUAUAAUUAUUAAAUAUUCAAUUCCGACACAUUACACACAAAACGACACACACACACAGAUUUUCCUAUCUCACAGAGAUUACAAAAACAGAAACAUAUAUAGCCAUAAAAACAUAAUCUAUUGAAGUAACAGUAAUAGUAAAUUAUAAUUAUAAACAUAAAAAUUAUAGUCAAAUCGCGCUUUCAUAUUCGAUUAUAGACAAGAGUGUUAUCACUUAAAAAAAUAUUCAUCGUUCUCCUAGAGAAAGAAAAAAAAAGUUUAAUAACGUGUACGCAUGAAUGUGAUUUUUUCCGUGUGAAUGAUAGUAUCAUUAUACUGUAAUAAUCAACC